UGGACUGCCUGUAACAAAGUUGGUUCCGCUGCGUCAAUUUGUCGAUGUUCUAAUUGAGUCGUUAAGAGUUGCCGAUAACUAGCGAUGAAAACGCGAUAGUCACCGCCACGCUACAUAUCAAUCUUAACAGGUUGCCGCCCAGACUUUCGCGAGCAUUAAUUCAUUCCUCUCCAAGUUUUAUUAAAAUAUGUAGGUGCAAGAAGCGUGAAACAAUUUUCUUUUUGUGGCUCGCUCGACCGUCGUCCGACGGUUAGUCUGUGAGAAGUGCAUGGACGUCGCGGUCGUCUAGCCGCGGGUUUUUGUCGUUCGAUACGCAACGCACAGCGAUACGCGGGUGAUACUCUAGUGCACGCCUGUAUUGUUAUGGAACGAGCCAGCUUCUGAACACCCAAAGGAAAAUGCACAUCCUGGAGAUUGGUGCUGACCAAGAGGACGAGGGAGGUAGCGCGCGCACAGCGGAGGCGGCCUUCCGAACGGUGCCUCGGGACCACACCACCUUCCUUGUAUGGAGAAUUACGGAAUCGAGCACGGAAUUAUUGCCUCGCACUCAUUACGGCACAUUCUAUGACGGUGAAGCUUACCUGGUGUACUCCUGCUCACUGCCGGGACAACCUGCUGGACCAGACGUCAUACGCCGAGAAAUCAAAGAGAACGGCAAUGGAGAGCUGCUGGAGCGUCACGUGCACUCGUGGGGAGGCGAGCGGAGCGGGGCUCUGGCGGGCCUCGCGCUGCGCCGCGGGACGCAGCUGGCCGCCUACCUGGCCGCGCCCACUGUUAUACACCGCGAAGCCUGCACUAAGGAGACCUCGCGGCUGCUAUCCUACUUCAGGGAUGGAUUGAGGAUUCUUCGUAGUGGUUCUGCAAAUUUGAAUGGCAGCGCCCGUCUGUACCGUGUGCGCGGGCGCCGGCCUGUACUGGUGCAGCUGGAGCCGGUGUCGUGGGCGCAGCUCGCCACGGACGGCGUGUUCGUACUCGACACCGCCUCCCUGCUCGUGCUGUGGCUCGGCCGGACCGCUAACCUCGUGGAAAAAAUAUUCGGAGCCAAGAUAGCGUAUCGGAUGGCCCGCGGUGCGGACAAAGGUAUGAUGGCGCGACGCAUCGCUAUUGCUCACGACGGCUAUGAGCAGACGCUGCCGGCGGGGGACCGCUCGCUGCUGGACGCGCUGCUGGAGCUGCGCGCGCGGGCGCUGCGUCCGUCCGCGCCGCCCGCCGAGCCACCGCGGCCCGCGCGCCUCUACCGCGCCACGCAGCCACCGCGCGCACUCCCACUUGCCGUACCCUCACAGCGCGCCGCCGCUAGACUCGAAGAGGUCAAACGAGCACCCCUGUUCAGAGAAGACUUGGCCGACGACGGCGUCUACAUAGUAGACAGCGGAAGUCGUGGUGUCUGGGCGUGGGUGGGACCCAAUGCUACGGGUGCGGCAGCUCGCGGGGCGCUUGCAGCCGCGCGGGGCCUGGCGCGGGCGCGUCGCAUGACGGUGCCCGUGUCGGCGGCGCCGGCGGGCCGGGAGCCGCUCGAGUUCGCCGCGCUGUUCCACAAUUGGCGCUGGUGUGAUGCCCGGCGAGACGGGCGCCUUCGUGCCGCUCGCUCUGCUACAACCAGACUUGAUGCCGUCAGUCUGGCAACGAAUGCCUGGCUUGCAGCUGAGGCUCAGUUACCAGACGAUGGCUCUGGCGCGCUCCGCGUGUGGCGCGUUCGCCGACGCGGCACGGACGCGGAGGAUCCCAACAAGGAGAACUUGGCGGAGGUGGAGCGCCCGCAGGCCGCGGUCUUCUUCGACAGAGACUGCUACAUUGUGCUCUACACCUACCAUGCACCCACUGGCGACCAGACUGUGCUGUACUAUUGGAUGGGUGGCUCUUCACCCAAUGAUCUGAGGAAUUUGGGUGCAAAAGAAGCCAAAGACCUCUACACAAAACUGGGGCGUUCUCCUGUACAGUCGUGGGUGUAUCAAGGAAAGGAACCGGCUCACUUCCUUCAAAUCUUCAAAGGACGCAUGAUCACUUACGUUGGCAGUGCUACUGAUUAUGAUCCCACAGGGCGUCGCGUGGUGGCGCCGGCGCGGGCGCUGGUCCGCGUGUCGGGUCAGUACGCGCGCGAGGCCCGCGGCACGGAGCUGCGCGCCGGCAGCGCGGAGGGCAGCGCCAGCGCCGGCGCCUGCUGCGUGCUGCGCGACGCCGCCAGGGUCUGGGUGUGGUGCGCCGCCAGCGCCACCGGCGACGAGCGGGAGGUGGCCAAGAACAUGGCUGCGGCUGAGCACACGCUUGUUAUGCAAGGUAAAGAGAAACCGGACUUCUGGAACGCUCUGGGCAACCGGCGCCACCUGUUAGUCCCGUCUCCUCUAAGAGAGGUGCCGCGUCCGCUGCCUCCGCGCCUCUUCUAUGUAUCUCUCGGAUUACCGAACCAAUAUUCGUUUGAAGAGAUCGUAUCGUUCAGUCAGUAUGACUUGGCUCCCGAGAUGGUGGGGAUCGUGGACGCUCACGACGCCGUUUUCGUGUGGCUCGGCCAGCACUGCUGCCCGCGCUCCAAGGAUGACCCCAGAUCUAUCGCACUCGCUUAUCUUGCUCAAGAUCCAGCAGCGCGCGACUCCUGCACUCCCAUCCUGGCUCUGAGUCAAGGCCGUGAACCGCCGCAUUUCACAGGAUUCUUCCCCCAUUGGAAACAAUCGAUGUGGAAGGGUCACAAAACUUUUAGUGCGAUCAUCAGUGCUUUGGAAGGCAAGGCAAUAGUUCAAAGCGGCAACAGUGCGAUACAGUGUGGUAACAGCGCUAAUCGUUUCGAUCAGUAUGAAAAAUAUCCACUAGCGGUGCUGAAAGGGCCCAAGGAACAUUUACCACCUGAUGUCGAUCCUCUCACCAAAGAGUUAUACUUAACGCACGACGACUUCGUGGCAACAUUUAGCACGCCUUACAACGAGUUCCGUACACUGCCUGGCUGGAAACAGAAGGAACUCAAGAAAGCAGUUGGUCUUUUCUGAGUAAACAGCCUGAUCUGACUAGUACUUACUUACAGACCCUUGGAUCUUAAUUGCGCGAACACCUAAUGUCUCACAAGAUUUAUGACAAAGAAUCUAAUACCACUUCUUAAAAUUUUAUUAUUGCU